UAGCACUUGACGGGUUCACGUGCAGCAACCUGAUCCGCAUCAGAGCGGCCGGAAACCGCUCGGGCUGUAUAUGCCCACCACGAAUCUGUAGUUACCUCGCAACAUGUCGGCUGCCGAGCACCCUGAUGGCCAAGAAGUUUUCUAUGAGCCUCCUCCAGGCUUGCCACCUGAUGCUGAAGAGGCAGCCGAUGGCGUCGCGAACAAGAUGAGGUCGUACUUGGCCCGGCUAGUCCAAGACGUGAGAGACUACCAACUCACUCACGGUCAUGUCCUCAAAAUGGUACGCUUCCAGAAUAGCUACCAUGUCCCAUCAACUGGCAUCAAUGUAAGCCUUGCUCCAACACCCUUCCCACGCCGCCUCUACGAUGAGGCUGUGGCGCUGCAACAUUGCAUGAACGAGCUGUAUAUCAAAGCGGCUGCGGAUGAGGCGUGGUUGUACUCCGUUCUUAGGCCGGAGAUCGAAGGUGACAAGGACGGUUUGCUUGCCAGUCUCUGGGACGUUCACAUGAAGUGUAAGGAAGCUGGGUCAGUGCAGGAUGUCAAAUGUGGGUUGUUCAGAAGCGACUACAUGCUUCAUGGCAAUGUCGACGGCAACAGCAGACUGAAGCAGGUCGAGAUGAAUACAUUUUCAGUUGCCGGAGGUUGUCACUCAGAACGAGUCUCGGAUAUGCAUGGUUACCUCAGACGGAAGCGCGGAUACGAGCAGGAAGGAAGAGAGCUCUCGGCGAUGCAGAUGAACCUGCUACCUCGAAACACGAACAUUGCUUCAAUGACCGCUGGCUUGACGGCUGCGCACUACAAGUACCUUGAAACCCACCCAAAGCUUGCGGACAACCCGGCCAAUACUGUCCUAACGUGCGUGCUUAUGGUUGUGCAGCCGCUCAACUUUAAUGUCGCAGACGAGCGCCCUAUCGAGUAUGGAUUGUGGGAAGCCAAUGUUCCGUGCUACCGCUGCGAGUGGCAUGCCAUUCUGGCACAGACAAGGCUCGACGAGAACAGACACCUGAUUUUCAUGCCGGCCGGCAGCUCCACAGAGUUCGAGGUAAGCGUGGUCUACUACAAAGGCGGAUAUGACCCCGCGGAGUAUGGCCCAGAGGCGGAUGGGAAAAGCACCCGUCUCAUGUUGGAGAUGUCCUACGCCAUCAAGUGCCCCGACAUACUGACGCACCUGACCACGUUCAAGGCCGUACAGCAGGCGCUCGCAGAACCUGGAGUAGCAGAGAGCUUCCUCGCCUCUCCACAGACUGUCAACCAGCGGGCUGCGGUGAGAGACAAGUUCAUGCCCAUGUAUCCUCUGGGCGCAACACCUUCCGGACGAGAAGCUCGCAGACUGGCCACGGAUCCCAGAGAGGUCGAGCGUUACGUCCUGAAGCCCAACCUAGAGGGCGGUGGACAUAAUGUCUUCGGUUCCGACAUUCCGGACUUUCUAUCCGGGAAGCCUGAGGAUCAUUGGUACAAGUACAUCCUCCAACGCCGGAUCGAGCCACCAACUGCCAUUACGGGCGCCCUGCUUAUGGCCGAGGAGCUGUAUGAAGGAGCUGUAGUCUCCGAGCUAGGCAUUCUAGGCUUUGUCAUGUGGAAGCAACUUCCGUCUGGCGGGAAUGAGGUCACAAAUGUUGAGACUGUGCGGAACGAGGCAGCUGGCUGGACGUUUAAGACGAAGCCUCAAGAAAUCAACGAGAUGAGUGUUGUCAAGGGCUACGGUUGCUUCGACUGCCCGCUACUCGUGUGAUUCAAGGUACUUUUGAGAAGAGUUUGAAACUGCUCAUGGUGACAUUUAAGAAGCCUCGGACCGUAACCAAUUGUGAAAGUGGGACGGUAAACACGCGCACGACAGAGUGGAAGAGGACAGGGAGGCUUCCUGAACGCACCGCGUAUGCGAAAGCGUCCAUCGACCGCCUAAGACUCUUGAACGCGGUACACCGUUUGUGAAAGAGUAUGUCUAGU